CUGCUCUUCCGGGGUCGAGACGGGCCGCUCUUGCCUUCCGUCUCCUCUGCUGGUACCCAGGGGUUCGCGGGGCGGGGAGCCCCGGAGGGAGACUCCGACUCCGACUCCGACUCCGGACUUUUGCCCCACCCGCGAUCGCUCUCAGGCAAAUCGAGCAAUGCUGGAAAUGUCUCCUCAGCCGCUUGUCCUUUUCCAUGGAGAGAAAACAGCUGAUGUACAACUGGAUUGGAGGCUCUUCACCUUGGAGGACGUGGCCGUGCAUUUCACUGAGCACGAGUGGGCACUGCUGGAGCCUGACCAGAAGGCGCUGUACAGAGAAGUCAUGGAGGAGAUCAGUGGGAUUUUGGCAACUCUUGAAGGUGAUAAAAGAGAAAUCGAGGCUGACGGGGAAUCGCCGACCAAUCAAACCUACAAAUACUUAAUUUGUGGAAAUGGCUUCCGUCAGAAGGCGGAACUAAACAGCCAUCAAGUAACUCACGUAGGGAAGAGACCCUAUCAAUGCUUCGCAUGCGGAAAGUGCUUCAAUCGGAACGGCAAUCUCGCCAUACAUCAGAGGACCCACACGGGGGAGAGGCCCUAUGAGUGCGUGGACUGUGGAAAGUGCUUCAGCUCCAAAACCCACCUGAACGCCCACCAGAGAACUCACACGGGCGAGAGACCAUACAAAUGCGCAGCUUGCGGGAAGCGCUUCACUUCGAAGUCGCAUCUGACCAUGCAUCAACGAACUCACACGGGGGAGAGACCAUACAAAUGCAUGGAGUGCGCCAAGAGCUUUGUUUCGAACUCGCAGCUGACGAGGCAUCGGAGAACCCACGUGCAGGAUGGACCGCAUCAGUGCCUGGAAUGCGGGAAGGAUUUCAGUUCAAAGCCGCACCUCAGCAGGCAUCAGAGGGCGCAUGCCCAAGGGGCUCCCUACGCCUGCGUGGAGUGUGGGAAAAGCUUCCUUUGCAACACGGGCCUGGUCAUCCACAAAAGAAGCCACACCAGGGAGAAACCCCAUAAAUGCUUAGAGUGCGGGAAGUGUUUUGCUUGUAACACGGAACUCAGCAUCCAUGAGAGAACUCACACGGGGGAAAGGCCCUAUAAAUGCUUGGAGUGCGGGAAGUCUUUCAGCUCCAAGGCAAACUUAAAUUCCCACGAAAGGAUUCACACGGGGGAGAAACCCUACAGAUGCCCAGAAUGCGGGAAGUCCUUCAGUUCCAACACGCAUCUCAGAAUACAUCGGAGGACCCACACGGGGGAGAGACCCUAUCAAUGCUCAGAGUGCGGAAGGAGGUUCACGGUGAGCAGCUCCCUGACUUCUCACUACCGAGUCCACACGGGGGAAAAACCCUACGAAUGCCCGGAGUGCGGGAAAUGCUUCGCUCACAGCUCCGAGCUGCUUACGCACAAAAAGAUCCACAGGGGAGAGAAACCGCACUCGUGCUCGGAAUGCGGCAAGGGUUUCAUCACGCAGACUAACCUGAACACGCAUCAGCGGACUCACACCGGGGAGAGGCCCUUUCACUGCGGGGAGUGCGGCAAGGGCUUCAUCACAAAGGCCAAUCUGAGAACCCAUAAAAGGAUCCACACAGGAGAGAGGCCGUUUCAAUGCUUGGAUUGUGGGAAGGGUUUCAGUCAGAGGAUAAAUCUCAUUUCUCAUCAGAGAAUUCACACAGGGCAAACCGUAGAAAUGCUAAACUAAAAAGGCUUCUUUUUUUAAGGCAGUAUCUUGAAAACUACCAUAUUUUUUGCUCCCCCCUCCCCCCCAAAAGUAGGUGGAAAUGUCUGUGCAUCUUAUGGAACGAAUAUUGCGUCACAGACCGGGCCGCAACGGUUUCCCAUACUUGGGGGGGAGGAGAUUGGUGCAGCGGCAGCAACAGGCAGCAGCAAUCCCUGCCAUCUGGAACAGCUGAUUGGUGUUCGCUGCUGCUGCCUGUCGACGCCCCCACACCAACCCCCUCCCCCAGGUACACCACCAUUGCUGCCUCCUCCGUCUCUGCUGCCUCCUCCAGGGAACACUGGAGCCUUUGCUGGAGCAGCGAUGAAUGGCAGCAGCAAUCCCCGCCUCCUGGAACAGCUGCGGUUGGAUCAGCCUCCUGGAAUACUGCUGAUCAGCUGUUCCAGGCGGCGGGGAUCGCUGCCACCAUUCACCACUGUUCCAGCAAAGGCUCCAGUGUUCCCCGGCGGAGGCAGCAGACAUGGACAAGGCAGCAAUGGCAGCAUUUCCGGUUGGCCAGCCCGCUGACCAGCGGGGCUAUGGGAGGCGGAGAUCCAGCCGUCACUCAGCUGACCGGUGGUGGGCGCAACGGAGCAGAGCCCUGACGAGCCAUGUGCUGGGGCUAUGAUAACAUGCUGAAGCUGACUAGGCUGUUUGCUGUUUGCUGCAAGGGUGGCAGAGGCAGAUUUUUUUUUCUUUUCCUCCUCUAAGCCUAGGUGCGUCUUAUGGAGCGAAAACCUGAUAUUGUCAAAAGACUCAUUGAUGAAAAUUUAUUUUAAGAAUGUAUUAAUGGGGGGGAGCGGCGGAGAGCGUUAGCAAAAUCCAGAGAAAUACCCACAUGUGUGUUUGACCAAGCAAGGAAAAAAGUCACAUUCUAUCCAGAA